AUGUGGCUGCGGGCAGCGCCGCUGGAACGCACCCAGCUUCCACAGCCAGGCACGCCGGCAUGGACGUCGUUUCUGUGUGAAGUACUAGCAGAGGCCUUUAGUAUCGCGCGCCAGGUCAAUGUGAGUCUGCGGUGGGGCACGGUACAGGGACAGGGCAAGACGGUGACCGCCUCGAUUCCCUCGCUGGACCCGCCUGGAUCGCCUUUGCGGCAUGCGCACUGGCACUCGCGCUCUUCGCUGCAUUUUGUCCAAGACUCGUCUCUGACGUUUGACGCAUUUGAGCAGGGUCUGCUGCGUGACCACACGCGGCAUGAGCAGGACUACAUCGAGGCGCUCGAGCAUGCCGAGUGUCUGGAGACGUUAGUGCCGGGGCUCGCGGACAUCUGGCACAUGAAGUACCGAACGCCGAUGUGCACGUCGAAUCGCGACUUUGUCGAGCUGGUGCUGAUGCUCCCGCUGCCGUCGGCGCCGCUGCCGUUCAACGUGUUUCACGAGCGAGAGACCCUCCACAUGCUCCAAGAGACCGGCUCGUUGCCUGCGCGCUGUGACAAGACGGCGCGCCGCUCGUUCAUGGUCGUGAGUCUUCCGAUCAAGCACGCCGAGUCGCCCGGGUACGUCCGCGGCUACUAUGCGAGUGUCGAAGGCGUGCGUGAGGACGUGACCAUGGUCCGCCCCGGCGAGCUCGGCACGCAGUGGAUGUUGUCGACACAAACGGAGGCGGGCGGUCUGAUCCCGCGGUGGAUGCAGGAGCUGGCGAUGCCAUCUCAGAUCAAGGCCGAUGUGCCGGCAUUUCUACGGUGGGCUCAGGCCCAGGCUAAGCGUACAUAG